GUUCACCAGCGCACCCACACCGGCGAGCGCCCCUACAUCUGCGCCCAGUGCGGCAAAGGCUUCACCCAGUACGGCACCCUGCAGAGGCACCAGCUCACCCACACUCGCGAGCACCCCUACACCUGCGCCCAGUGCGGCAAAGUCUUCACCCAAUACGGCACCCUGCAGAGGCACCAGCUCACCCACACUGGCGAACGCCCCUUCACCUGCGCACAGUGCGGCAAGGGCUUCAUCCGAUAUGGCUAUCUGCAGAAGCACCAGCUCACCCACACCGGCGAGCGCCCCUACACCUGCGCCCAGUGUGGCAAGGGCUUCACCUGCUCCACCACGCUGCUGGUGCACCAGCUCACCCACACCGGCGAGCGCCCCUACACCUGCGCCCAGUGCGGCAAGGGCUUCACCCAGUCCUCCAACCUGCUGACCCACCAGCGGGUUCACACCGGUGACAGUCCCGUCCCCAGCCCGGUGUGUGGAGAGCACUCUGCCAUGGACUCCCACUCCCUGUGUCACCAGCACGUACACACCAGUGGCCAGCCCUACGACUGCCCGUACUGUGGUGAGUCGUUUGACAGCUCGCGGGGGUUGCGGCAUCACCAGCGGGCCCACGUCGGCGAGCAGCUUGUGUGGCGGCCAUCUUUGAUACUGGCCGUCAUCUCCAUUGAAGCCCAGGGAGAGGCGGCGGCCAUCUUUGAUCAGGGCACUUCUUCCAUUGAAGGCAAUGAGAAGGGGCCGGGCCCGCGGGUGCACACGGGAGAACGGCCCUUCGACUGCUCGGACUGCGGCAAGAGUUUCAAGACGGCGGAUGUCCUGGAGACCCACCGGCGGUUGCACACGGGCGAGAAGCCCUAUGGCUGCUCCACAUGUGGCGAGAACUUUGCCUUGUUGUCUAGGCUACGGCAGCACCGGCGGUUGCACACGGGCGAGAAGCCCCAUGUCUGCUCCACCUGCGGCCAGAGCUUUGCCUUCUUGUCAGCGCUGUGGGUGCACCAGCGGGUGCACAGCAGUGAGCGGCCCUUCACGUGCUCCGACUGCGGCAAAGGCUUCAAGUUGUCCGCGGACGUGAAGGUGCACAGGCGCGUGCACACCAGCGAACGCCCCUACACCCGUAGCUACUGCGGCAAGGGCUUCACCCGGUACAGCGGCCUGCAGAAUCACCAGCGCACCCACACCGGCGAGCGCCCCUACACCUGCGCCCAGUGCGGCAAGGGCUUCACCACCUCCACCAGGCUGCUGAUACACCAGCGCUCCCACACCGGCGAGCGCCCCUACAUCUGCGCCCAGUGCGGCAAGGGCUUCACCCAGUCCAGCAGCCUGCUGGUUCACCAGCGCAGCACCCACACCGGCGAGCGCCCCUACACCUGCGCCCAGUGCGGCAAGGGCUUCACCAACUCCACCAGGCUGCUGAUACACCAGCGCAUUCACACUGGUGAACGCCCAUACACCUGCGCCCAGUGCGGCAAGGGCUUCACCCAGUCCAACAGCCUGCUGGUUCACCAGCGCAGCACCCACACCGGCGAGCGCCCCUUCACCUGUGCCCAGUGCAGCAAGGGCUUCACCAACUCCAGCAGCCUGCUGGUUCACCAGCGCAGCACCCACACCGGCGAGCGCCCCUACACCUGCGCCCAGUGCGGCAAUGGCUUCACCACCUCUACCAGGCUGCUGAUACACCAGCGCAUCCACACCGGCGAGCGUCCCUACACCUGCGCCCAGUGCGGCAAGGGCUUCACCCAGUCGAACAGCCUGCUGAAGCACCAGCGCACCCACACCGGCGAGCGCCCCUACACCUGCGCCCAGUGCGGCAAGGGCUUCACCACCUCUACCAGGCUGCUGAUACACCAGCGCUCCCACACCGGUGAGCGCCCAUACACCUGCGCCCAGUGCGGCAAGGGCUUCACCCAGUCGAACAGCCUGCUGGAUCACCAGCGCAGCACCCACACCGGCGAGCGCCCCUUCACCUGUGCCCAGUGCGGCAAGGGCUUCAUCCGAUAUGGCUAUCUGCAGAAGCACCAGCUUACCCACACCGGCGAGCGCCCCUACACCUGCGCCGAGUGUGACAAGGGCUUCACCUGCUCCACCACGCUGUUGGUGCACCAGCGCACCCACACCGGCGAGCGCCCCUACACCUGCGCCCUUUGCGGCAAGGGCUUCACCCAGAACGGCCACCUGCAGAGGCACCAGCUCACCCACACCGGCGAGCGC